AUGUCGGUUUCAAUGAAAUUGGUGUGGUUUAUGUGCCUUUGGUUAAGUGCCUUUACUUAUGUAUAUUGUGCACCUUACGAAGUAGUGUACACCGGUGACAGCUGUGAUUGCCCAUCGAAAUUGAACUACCAAGUGAAUGUGCCAAAAAUAUCGAAAACGAAAAAAUAUCGACCAAGCGAAUAUGGCUAUAGUAUAGAUGUUCCAGUGCAAGCCAAGGCAAAAGUUACAUAUUCAUUUGAUUUUCAAGUUGAAGAACCAAAACCACCAAAGCCUGUACCCCAAAAAAAUUUGAAAUUAUUUGCAAAAGUCGAUCGUGUAAUUAUAAAGAAAAAUGACUGCGAAGACACGUCUGGAUCAUCAGCUCAAAACCCAACAUAUUCUUCUUGUAAUUGUGGCCAAUGCGGUGUCACUAAACCACUUUAUAGGUAUGUAUAUAAGCGCGAAACACCCUGCAAGUGUCAAAAAACGAAUUGUAAAUGUAACUCAAAUCCUCCAAUCGCAAUACGUUAUGUUAGACUAACGAAACCAACAUUAGGCUUGAUUGGUAGUCCCAAUGCUUUCAAUUUCAUAGAAAAUACAAGGGAAAUAGCUCCAAAUAUUGAUACAUUUAAAUUAAUCAGAGCAGUCGAUGAUGAUAUGUAUGAUGAACCUAAUAAUAUAAGACGUAAACGGGAUAUACAACGUGUCUUUUAUCGACCACGUAAAUUUGGUGCAGAGCGUCCUGGACGAUUUGUGAAGAAAUAUCACAAAAACUUAUCGGAUAAAGAUCGCGGCCUAUUUGAUUUACGACUUUUUGCAGAUCCAAAACCAAAAAAAUCUAAACGCAAAAAUAAAAAGGUGCCAUCAUCACGUCUUUACUCAAGAAUUGUUAAACGUGACAUUAAAGGUGAGUACGACCUUUUAGAAAAAGAACGUGAGCAAAUGGAUUUAACAUUGCCAGAAAUUAUACAGUUUAUGCCGGAAACAUUACAACCAAACUAUAAGAGAGGUCAAUGUCAUUUUGGUUGUACAUCAUCACCACAAACACAAAAAUCUAAUGAAGAGGUAGAGGCAACAACACCAGAUUCUACAGAAGCUGAAAAAGAAAAUAUGAAACAAAAUGAACCGAAAAAUGAAAUGAAAGAUAAUGAAGAUAAAUCCAAAGAAAAUAGUAUACAAAGUACUUACACAAAACGUAACGCCGGUCAAUAUUUAUUGCCUUCUAAAGAAACUACAACAGAUGAAAAGCGUACUGAUACUAACCGAUACUCUAAAUCUUCACAACCCAAAAAAGCACUUCAACCAAACCAGCCUCAACCAAACCAGCCUCAACCAAACUUGUAUGCACCGCCGCAGCCUAAAACUAUAUACACAAGUUUUCAUAAUCCCUACAAUAAUAGAGAUGGUUUAGGUAUGAUUGUGUCUGCUUCUUCAGUAUCCGACCGUUCUGGGAUUCCAUUACAAUAUGCUGGCGAGCUACACAGUUUAGGUAAUGCAUACAAAGUACCGUUGCAAAUUUCAGCACCUAUUGUUGGUGCACGCCAUUAUCCAGUCCAGCAUGUAUCAAAUGAAGAGCUGGAUAAAAUUAUUGCCGACAUCGUUUAUCGACAUCCAGACUUUAUUGAUGCGACCUCACAUUACGGUGGUGCGUUAGUAGAUCCCGAACCAGUGCAAGCAGAACAAACGAAGGAUUUUUUGCAGAAACUUAUUGAGGGCCGUUUGAGUUCAUUAUUCCAUCGAGAACAUAUACCACGAAACUUACGAAAUUACAAUAACCCAUUUUCCACCUACAGUUCACCUCCAGUCAUUAACUACCAUUCAUCACUUUAUUAG